AUGGAAAAUCUACACGCGCCGACAGUGCCCUCAGGGGAAACCACUGCUCCUGUCACGAAUGGCGAUGCGGGGCAUCUAAGCUUUGCAGAGUUGCAGCGAAAGAAGGACGAUAUUGAGGCCGAACUCAAGGCUUUAGGAGGAGUGCUUGAUUCGCAUGGGGUCGAUAUGAACACUUCUCUCCUAACAAACGAUGGUUUCCCUCGAGCUGACAUCGACGUUGCUCAAAUCCGGACUACACGAGCUCGCAUCAUUCGACUGCGGAAUGACUAUACUGCUCUCAUGACCCGGGUUGAGAAAUUCCUUCAUGAACAUUUUGCGAGUCUUGAUGAGAAUGAAUCUGCGCCAGUUGCAAGCUCAAGUAACUCACCAGGCAUCUUGCCAGACUCAGCUUCUACACCGUUAGACCCUCCUUUUGCCAAAAUCAACACCGUAGCUGCAGGGAGUCCAGCAGAAUCCGCCGGUCUGAAACCUGGAGAUGAAAUCCGGAACUUUGGUUAUGUGAAUCGAGCCAACCACGACAACCUCAGAAAGGUGGCCGAGUGUGUUCAGGGAAACGAAGGGAACAACGUUUUCAUCAGAGUGUCGAGGCCAGGUGGUGUGACCGAGCGGCAAGAGUUGCGACUGACCCUGACUCCAAGAAAGGACUGGGGUGGGCGAGGAUUGUUGGGCUGCCAUAUCUUGCCUCUAUGA